AUGGCGCGCGGCCUGCGGGGCUGGCUGGGCGGCUGGCUGCUGGCGGCGGCGACAGCCAUAGGCAUGGUGCCUCCUCCAGAAAACGUCAGGAUGAAUUCCAUUAAUUUCAAGAACAUUCUGGAAUGGGAGUCGCCUGCGUUUCCCAAUGGGACCCUAACUUUCACAGCUCAGUACCUCGGUUACAGGAAGUUCCAGGACCGCUGCGCGGGCACCAACGCCACGGAGUGCGACUUCUCGGACCUCUCCAAGUACGGCGACCACACGCUGCGCGUCAGGGCCGAGCGCGGGGCCGAGCACUCUGCCUGGGUGAACCUCAGCUUCUGUCCCGUCGACGACACCGUUAUCGGGCCUCCGGGCAUGCGCGUGGAAGCCUUGGCCAACUCCUUACACAUCCACCUCCUAGCCCCGAGGAUUGAGAAGGAGCGGGCGUGGACCGUGAAGAACAUCUACAGCUUGUGGGUGUACCACGUGGAGUACUGGAAGAACGGCUCGGACACCAAGCACCUGGUGACCUGCUACUAUGACUUCGAGGUCCUCAGGAACCUGGCGCCGUGGACCACCUACUGCGUCCACGUCCGGGGCUUCCUCCCCGACCGGAACAAGACCGGGCGGUGGAGCGAGCCCGUCUGCAAGGGAAUCGGCAGCGACGACAGCGUCCUCUCCUGGAUCGUGGUGGCCGUGGUGCUGGCGGCCUCGGUGCUGGCCGCCUGCCUGCUGCUCGCCGGCUGCUCGGCGCUGCUGUGGAGCAUCUACAAAGGCACCAAGUACGCCUUCUCCCCCGGCAGCACGCUCCCGCAGCACCUGAAGGAGUUCCUGAGCCGCCCCCCGCACAGCCGGCUCCUGUUCCUCCCCUUCCCGCCCGCGGACGAGAGCGACGUCUUCGACAAGCUGAGCGUCGUCGCCGAGGCUUCGGAGAGCGGCCCACAGCGGCCGGGGACGGCAGGGGCCUCGGCCCCGGCGGGGUGGGGCCUGCCCCCAGCUAG